UAUUAAGUGGUUCAUAUUUGUGGGUGAUGGGUUCCACCACCUUUGGUAUUAUACUUCUUCUGUUGCUUUAUAUGUCUGUCUUCUUGAAAUUGGAUUGCUUGCACAUUGAGGUUCAGUUUUAUGGAUCAAAUUUCAGCCAAGGAGCCGCUUCUUUCCGGCGACGGCGGUGGUUAUGUAAAGAAGAGAGAUGUGUUUGUAUUGUUAGUGAAAUGGAUUCUCAAGAUUGUGAUGUGGGUGAUUUUUGUUUCUUGGGUUUGUUUAAUCUUUCUUUAUCCGACGCAAUUUGGUAACCAGUUGCUUGAGAAUUUGAUUGGUGCCACUGAGGGAACUCCUUUUGGUCUCUCAGGAAGCUUAUUCAUGCUCUUGAGUGGGCCAAUUCUUGCUAUUGCAUUUCUUGCCAUUGCAUUUGUUAUUGUCUGUGGAGAAGAACAGUUCCACCAAAAGAAUAGUCCGAGGCAUCCAAGUGUCCGUCUGUGGACGUUUCCUGUUAUUGUGGAUGGACCAUUUGGCGUUGUUUCGGCUGCUGAGUUCAUCGGGAUACUCCUAUUUAUUGUAUACAUCGUUUGGGCUACAUACGCGUAUACCAUUCGGAAUCUCAGUCUUAUUUCUGAAUGGCAUGUAACUUCUUAUAUAGACACAAGCAUUUGGAUGAUAGAAUUGACGGGACUUCGACUUGGUAUGAUUGGAUUAUUUUGCCUGGCAUUUUUGUUCCUUCCAAUUACACGAGGGUCAGUUCUUCUCCGUCUCAUUGAUAUCCCUUUUGAGCAUGCUACAAGAUACCAUGUAUGGUUAGGACACUUGACCAUGCUGCUUUUUACUCUCCAUGGACUACUUUAUAUAAUUGGAUGGGCAAUGCGAGGCAACCUCCUUCAUGAGAUAUUGGAGUGGAAAGAUGUCGGCAUCGCGAAUCUUGCAGGAGUUAUCAGCCUUUUAGCUGGACUUAUUAUGUGGGUGACAUCACUUCCUGGUGUGAGAACAUGGAAUUUUGAGCUGUUCUUUUACAGCCAUCAACUAUAUGUGGUGUUUAUCCUCUUCUUCGCAUUCCACGUUGGCGAUUUUAUUUUCAGCAUGGCUGCUGGUGGAAUAUUUCUUUACAUGCUCGAUCGGUUCUUGAGAUUCUGCCAAUCACGAAAAACUGUGGAGGUCAUUUCAGCCAAGUGCCUUCCGUGCGGAACUGUGGAAUUAGUCCUUUCAAAACCACAAAGUUUGCGCUACAACGCUCUAAGUUUCGUUUUUCUUCAAAUUCGGGAAUUGUCAUGGCUGCAAUGGCAUCCUUUCAGUGUUUCAUCUAGUCCAUUGGAUGGGAAACACCAUCUAUCUAUUCUCAUCAAGGUUCUCGGAAAAUGGACAGAGAAGCUUAGAGACAUUACCAUAAACCGAUCCGAGGCAGGAAUAGCAGCAGCACAGGGUCAACCAAAUCUUAAGAUAACAGCUUCUGUUGAGGGGCCAUAUGGGCAUCAAGUACCAUAUCACUUGAUGUAUGAAAACCUCAUCUUAGUAGCAGGCGGAAUAGGGAUUUCACCAUUUCUUGCGAUCUUGAGUGACAUUCUGCACCGUAUUAAUGAAAAAAGACAUUGUUUACCGAAAAAUAUUAUGGUUAUUUGGGCUGUGAAAAGGUCAAAUGAGCUUCCUCUUCUGUCGAGCAUCGAUAUGGAGUCAAUUUGUCCAUAUUUCUCUGAAAAACUUGAUCUGGAGAUUCAUAUUUAUGUCACUCGUGAAACAGAUCCUCCAUUGGAAGAUGGAAUAUGUCACAAGGCUACAAGUUCUUCUAUUGUCCCCUCACCCAAGGGAUGUGGCAUGUCGGUAUUGGUCGGCACAGGUGAUAACAUAUGGUCAGGACUUUAUAUUAUGUUAUCUUCUAUCGGAUUUGUUGUCAUAUCGGGAUUGGUCGAUGCAUACUACAUAAACAAGUAUAGCAUAAAGUCAUGGUGGUACAAAGGACUUAUAUUUAUAGCAUGUAUGGUUGCAAGUACUCUGGUCUUUGGGGGUUGUGUUGUUGCUUUGUGGCAUUUGUGGGAAAUGAAAUUUCGGGCCGUGGAUGAAGAAAAGGAAGACGCGAUUAAGGCCGACAAAGUGCAUAACAAUGAAAAAGUAGGAUAUAACAAGAUUUUGUGUGGAGAAUAUCAUGCAAUACAGUAUGGUGCAAGGCCAAACUUCAAAGAGAUAUUUGGAUCGAUAUCAAAGCGAUGGGGUUAUGUUGAUGUAGGAGUGAUAGCAUGCGGUCCUUCCACUCUCGGGGCAGCUGUUGCGGGAGAAAUUAGGUCUCAGAAUUUCGGGAGAGCAUGCGAUGACCCAGUUUUUCAUUACCAUAGCCACAGCUUUGAACUCUAAUGUAUUACAAUAUCUUCAGCGUCAUUAGUAUCAAAAUGUAUAGGUCUGUGGUAGCUUACAAUGUUGUUUCAGUAGUUGUACGUUAAUAUGCUUCAGCUGGUGCCUUGUUUGUACACAUGUGCAACAUGUCUGUAAAUAAGUGAUUUUCGUUCUGAAAUUUUACAGAAAUGGAAUGUCUAUGCACCAUUUUAUUCGGUAA